AUGCCCGGAUCCCGGUGCUCGAAUCCCGGUCCCGGUGCCCGGAUCGGGUGCUCGGAUCCCGGUGCCCGGAUCCCGGUCCCGGAUCCCGAUCCCGGUGCUUGGAUCCGGAUUCCCUGUUCCCGAUCCCGGUUCCCUGUUCCCGGUUCCCGAUUCCCGGUCCCCUUCGGUCCCGCCCCGGGCCCCGCCCGCCGCCGCCCCGCCCCCGGCGCCGCGGCCGCCGCCGCCCUUUGUCCGCUGCCGUUGCCGCGGGCCCCGCCAUGGCGGAGCGGUGAUGGGCGGCGGGGCCGGCCCGGCGAUAACGGGGCCGAGGGGAACCGGGAGCCUCAUGCAGGGGCCGCCGCCAUGGGGCAGGUCCUGGGCUUCGCCCACUGCAAAGAGGCUCCGUCCACGGCCUCCACCACCCCGGACUCCACGGAGGGUGGCCCCGAGGAGCCCGAGUUCCCCCCCGAGCUUGCAGUGGCCCCGGAGCCCCCCGAGGAGGAAGAGGAGGAUGAAGAUGGGGGGACUUCCCCCCGGACCCCCCCCCGCGAGCUCACCUUCUCCUACAUCGCCUUUGGAGGGGGGGGCAGCGCCCCAACAGAACCGGGACCCCGCUGCCGCCGGGACCCCCGCCGGAGCCGCCCCCCCGCCUGAGCUCGGGCCCCGCCCCCCGGGGGCUGGACCCCCAUUUAGGGGUCAGAGCCCCCCCAAAGCGGCUUGGGGACCCCCCGCCCCCCCCGAGGGGCGGCUGGAGGUGGGGGGGGCCCUGCCGGUGGG